AUGCUCCUCCACCGGGAAGAGAGCGCGGGACCAGACCUUCUAUACCACGACCGCAUCGACUUUGACGCCAACGGAGAUUUCGUUCCUCUGCCCGCUGAAGUCCGUCUGUCAGACGCCAAUUUCUUCCUCAUCGUGGCUAGCAACAACCCUACUAUGCGCGUCCGUAACGCGAAAUGGCUAGUGGACUUCAAUACCGACGUCUAUCCUGAGAUAUGGCCGAGGGUCGAUCCCGUCCUGGUUCGUUUGCUCAACUUACCCGCCUACCAUAUCGAGUGCGCCGACUCGACGACCAACUCCAAGGUCUACACAGUCCCCGCUAGCUUCUUCCAGAAGCAUAGUAUCCAGAUCGACUACGACCAAGCUAAAGCAGUCCAGUACCAGAACAACCUGGACCCUACCAACGUCGAAGUCAAAGCCGUCGAAGUGAAGUCGUCGCCCCGAUGA